UAAGUUAAAAUCCUUGGAGUUGCUCAGACCAACACAUCAGUUCUUAACGAUCUUAUCUCUGGGCCCAUGCUCCUCUGGCCUUGGUCCCAGUGCUCGACUCUGGAGGUGCUCACAGACACAUAAUGUCAAUAAUCCGUUCAUCCGUCCACACCAAAUGGGUUGUGGGGAAGGUGACUGGUACGGGAAUGGUAAAAACUGCUAAAGUAAGAGCGACCAGACUUGUGUUGGAUCCCUACUUACUGAAGUACCUUAAUAAGCAGAAAACCUACUUUGCUCACGAUGCCCUCCAGCAGUGCAGCGCCGGGGACAUCGUGCUCCUCAGAGCUUUGCCCGUCCCACGACCAGCUGAGAUCAUCUUCAAAGUCAGCCAGGUCACAGGAAAGCCCUGUGCAGGAACCGCCUACCUAGAGAGCCCCCUCCUUUCAGAAGCCACCCCCCUCAGCGAAACUCGGGAAGAGCUCAAGGUCUCCUGAACCUGGGGAAGAAGGAGCCAGCGGGAUUUCUGUCUGUGUUUGCUCAAGGGCGAUCAUUCCUGUCCAGUUUCUCCUGUGACAUUAGAAGCAGCAAGCGAAGUAAAGAGCUUAGUGUUCCCUCACGGUCUGCAUCCUUUGUCAGAUUCUCUGAGCUGAACUUCCCGGUUACUCCGCAUCCUAAGUAUGCUGCAUCAUUUUGUAAGCUCACUGUCCUAGAUCGUGUGUAUUGUUUCCUUUGUUUUGCUUCGCUCAAAGGGAAAAAAAAAAGAUUUUCUCUUUAGAGCUGGGUGUAGUG